GGCCCGAUGCUCAGUAGAUAAAGCGAAAGCAGCGACGAGAAGUCAACGGCAGAGAGCACAGCUCAACAAACUCAAAGCAAACUCAGAUCUCCAUACGCCAGGAGAAUAUUUGCACAGACGUUUUAUCACAGAAGACAAUCAUCAAGAUGCCCGAGAACGCCACACAGCCCAUGAUGGAAGAGGAAGCAGAGACCUUUGCCUUUCAGGCUGAGAUCGCUCAGCUGAUGUCUCUGAUCAUCAACACCUUUUAUUCCAACAAAGAGAUCUUCCUCAGGGAGCUCAUCUCCAACUCUUCAGAUGCAUUGGACAAGAUCAGAUAUGAGAGCUUGACAGACCCAAGCAAACUCGACUCAUGCAAGGACCUGAAGAUUGAACUCAUCCCCGAUCAGAAAGAGCGCACGCUCACAAUCAUCGACACCGGCAUCGGCAUGACCAAAGCAGACCUCAUCAACAACCUGGACACCAUCGCCAAAUCCGGCACCAAGGCCUUCAUGGAGGCCCUGCAGGCCGGAGCGGACAUUUCUAUGAUCGGCCAGUUUGGAGUGGGUUUCUAUUCCGCCUACCUAGUGGCCGAGAAAGUCACGGUGAUCACCAAACACAACGAUGAUGAGCAGUACAUCUGGGAGUCGUCUGCAGGAGGAUCGUUCACCGUUAAAGUGGACAGCUCCGAGCCGAGUCGAGGCACAAAAGUGGUCCUGCAUCUGAAGGAGGAUCAGACGGCAGACGGAGAAGAGCGACGAAUCAAAGAGAUCGUGAAGAAGCACUCGCAGUUCAUCAGCUACCCCAUCACCCAUCACACAAAGGAGGAGAAAGAGAAAGAGGAGGAUGAGGAGGAGGAGAAGGACGAGGAUAAGCCGGAGAUCGAAGACGAGGAGAAAGAGAAAGAGGAGGAUGAGGAGGAGGAGAAGGACGAGGAUAAGCCGGAGAUCGAAGACGUGGGCUCCGACGACGAGGACCAUGAUGACAAGAGCUCCGACAAGAAGAAGAAGAAGAAAAAGAUCAAGGAGAAGUACAUCGACCAGGAGGAGCUCAACAAGACCAAACCCCUGUGGACCCGCAACCCUGACGACAUCACUAACGAGGAGUAUGGCGAGUUCUACAAGAGUCUGACUAACAACUGGGAGGAUCACCUGUCCGUCAAGCACUUUUCUGUGGAGGGUCAGCUGGAGUUCCGCGCGCUGCUCUUUGUGCCUCGCAGAGCUCCAUUCGAUCUCUUCGAGAACAAGAAGAAGAAGAAUAACAUCAAGCUGUAUGACAACUACAAGAAAUACUACGAGCAGUUCUCCAAGAACAUCAAGCUGGGCAUCCAUGAAGACUCUCAGAACUGCAAAAAACUCUCAGAGCUGCUUCGCUAUUACACAUCAGCUUCCGGAGACGAGAUGGUGUCCCUCAAGGACUAUGUGUCUCACAUGAAGGACAGCCAGAAGCACAUCUACUACAUCACUGGUGAGACCAAAGAUCAGGUGGCCAACUCUGCUUUCGUGGAGCGCCUGCGCAAAGCCGGUCUGGAGGUGAUCUACAUGAUCGAGCCCAUCGGUGAGUACUGCGUCCAGCAGCUGAAGGAGUUCGAGUGCAAGAACCUGGUAUCAGUGACCAAGGAAAGCCUGGAGCUGCACGAGGACGAGGAGGAGAAGAAGAAGCAGGAGGAGAAGAAGGCUAAGUUUGAGCACCUGUGCAAGAUCAUGAAAGACAUCCUGGAGAAGAAAGUCGAGAAGGUCACGGUCUCAAAGCGUCUGGUUUCUUCGCCCUGCUGCAUCGUCACAAGCACAUAUGGAUGGACAGCCAACAUGGAGAGGAUCAUGAAGUCUCAGGCCUUGAGGGACAACUCCACCAUGGGCUACAUGACAGCCAAGAAGCACCUAGACAUCAACCCCGACCAUCCCAUCGUCGAGACGCUCUGCCAGAAAGCAGAAGCCGACAAGAACGACAAAUCAGUGAAGGAUCUGGUGAUCCUGCUGUUCGAAACAGCGCUGCUCUCCUCUGGAUUCACGCUGGACGACCCACAAACGCACUCCCACCGCAUCUACAGGAUGAUCAAACUCGGCUUAGGUGGGUCCGAGCAUUGA